AUGGCCAAGAUGAGCUGCUUCUCCAUCCUGCUCACCGGCCGGAGGCAGAAACGAGUGCAGGUUGGUGAUGCCGACAAGGGUGGUGGAACUGAGAGCGAUCGCGCCACGGUGAAGCCGGUGGCGGUGGAGUGUACUGACGCGCCGCCGGCGGUUGCCGCUGCCAUGGUGGAGAAAUGCGGCGACAAGAUCGUCGCCGAUGUGGUCAUCGUGGUGGCGCACAAGGGCGCCAGUGAGGUGUCGCCAGCAAGAUCGGACAGUCUGUCUGACGACAUUGAUUUCGAGUUCCACCCGCAGCACAAGUCCGUCGGCUUCGACGUCCAGGGACCGGAGAAGCAUGCCACUGGCACCGUGCCGGACGCGCGUCCGGUGGCCGCGAGCGCCGGGGAGGAGGCCGCGACGGCGGUGGUGGAGGAGGCUGCGGCAGCGGAGGUGGAGGUGGACCCGUCGGCGAAGCUCAAGCGCUCGUGCUCCAACAUGGAGACGAAGCGGCCUGGCCCGAGGGACUCCCCGGGCACGCGGGUGCGGUCGCGCUCCUACGGCGACCUGCCGGGCGACCUCCUCGUGGUCACCACCCCGCGGCGCGCGCACGAGGCGAGCCCCAAUGCGUCGGUGAAGACGUCGCGCACCGCCGACGGCGUUAUGCUCAAGCGGCGGUCGUCUAGCCAGGUGUUGCCGUCGCGGAGCCGGAAGCUGUGGUGGCGGCUCUUCCUCUGGAGCCACCGCAACUUGCACCGGCCCUGGUCGGCGCGCCCAAGCGACGCUGGCACUCCCCGCGGCGGGUACACGUCGGACACGCUCGAGGAGCCGGCCGACCGCAAGAAGAAGAAGGCGAUGGUGGACGAGUCGCCGGCGCAGCCGCCAUCGCAGAACCAGUGGGUCGCCUUCUGCGCCGACCACUCCCUGAGCGACCGCGUCAGCGACUGGGUGAGCAGCAUCGACAACAGCGGGUGCCUCCGCAUCGCCGAGGAGGAGGACGACGGUGGCGACCAGAGCAUGGACCUCACCGACGACCGCGUGGCGCGUCCGCGUCCCAUGGAGGCCGGGGAGACGUCGGGUAAGGGGGGCCACGGCAAGCUGGCCAAGCCGUGCGCGGCGGCGGACGACGUGGCCCAGGCCAACAGCAUCGUCCAGUCCCUCAACGGCUUCUCCUCCGUGGCGCACAUCUCCGGGAUGGGCCUCAAGGUCGUGCCCAUGAUCGCGCCCUUCUCCAACCUCCGCGCCGUCAACCUCUCCGGCAACUUCAUCGUUCAUAUCUCCCCCGGAUCGCUGCCGAAGGGCCUGCACACGCUGGAUCUGUCGCGGAACAAGAUCGCCAACGUCGAGGGGCUCCGGGAGCUGACUAAGCUGCGCGUGCUGAACCUCAGCUACAACCGGAUCUCGCGCAUCGGCCACGGGCUGUCGAACUGCACGGCGAUGAGGGAGCUGUACCUGGCGGGGAACAAGAUCGGCGACGUGGAGGGGCUGCACCGGCUGCUGAGGCUGGCGGCGCUGGACCUGGGCUUCAACAGGCUCACCACGGCCAAGGCGCUGGGCCAGCUGGUGGCCAACUACCACUCCCUCCUGGCGCUCAACCUGGUGGGCAACCCCGUGCAGGCCAACGUCGGCGACGACGCGCUGCGCAAGGCCGUCACCGACCUCCUCCCGCAGCUGGCCUACCUCAACAAGCAGCCCCUCAAGCCGCGGGAGGCGGCCACUGACAGCGUCGCGCGCGCGGCGCUCGGCACGGGAGGGCGCAGGAGGGGGGCGCCGCGGCGCCUGAGCCAGAGCCCCGGGUCGUCGUCGUCGUCGUCGUCCAGGAGCAGGUCCAAAGGCAGGCAGCACCACGGCUCGAGCAUGACGGCAAGGAAGUGA